GACCGCGUCAGACAAAAACAGAUCCAUACAAGGCAGUCUGAGUCGAGGGCACGUACGGUACUGGCACACAAUAGCGAGAGGUAACACAGGUUGUCUGCAAAACAUUAGCGUAAUACGCAUGAUGUCUCCCUUCUAGCAAGAAAGUCCAUUACGCGCCAUACAAGUCAACUGUUGUAACGACUGCCAGCCGGAGCACUGCUGUUGUUGUCACUCAGAAGACAGUGUCAAGAUUUCUAUUUGCAAGGAGAUCUGCAGAUCUGUUGACCCACAUUUUUUAAAAGUCUAUAGGGUUGUUUUGAUCUUUAUCACCUGUAAGAUUUGACUCGCCAGGAGGGAAAUGCCGUACGCAGUCAAAAGCUUCUUAUGCACGCUGGCUGUGCUCAUUCUGUGGCAAGUGGGGGAAAUCGCUGAGGCGUGCAGCUGUUCCCCCCAGCAUCCCCAGCAGGCUUUCUGCAACGCUGAUGUUGUCAUCAGGGCCAAGGUGGUGGGAGGCAAAGAGGUAGACUCUGGCAACGACAUCUAUGGCAACCCCAUCAAGAGGAUCCAGUAUGACAUUAAGCAGAUCAAGAUGUUCAAGGGCCCAGACCGUGACAUCGAGUUUGUCUACACAGCGCCCUCCUCUGCGGUGUGUGGCGUCACCCUGGACACCACCGGCAAGAAAGAGUACCUGAUCUCAGGUAAGGCAGAGGCCAAUGGUAAGAUGCACGUGACUCUGUGUGACCUGAUCAUGCCCUGGGAGGCCAUGAGCGCCACGCAGAAGAAGAGCCUCAGCCAACGCUACCAGAUGGGCUGCGAGUGCAAGAUCACGCGCUGUACCUCCUUCCCGUGUGAAGUCAGCACCUCGGAGGAAUGCCUGUGGACCGAUUGGCUGACGGAGAAGCUCAUCAACGGCCGGCAGGCCAAUCACUAUGCCUGCAUCAAGAGAGGGGACGGGUCCUGCGCCUGGUACCGUGGAGCCGCGCCCCCCAAGAAGGAGUUUCAUGAUGUGGAGGACCCCUAAAGAGACCCCGCCCACUCCACCCUCCCUCACCCCCACACCCCAGCACCAUGGCACCUGCCUGAGUAUUAUAGUAAUAACAAUAAUAAUGAUAACAACCAUAAGGUUUUAUUAAAAAUAUCAUUUGGAGGAGAGGGAGGUUCACAUAAUAUGACGUGGUUUUAAAACUGCAGUAUUAACAUGAAUCCAGAGUUCAUACCUUCAAGACCAGAACAUUAGACUUUCUCAGUAGUCCCGUCCAUCUCGUAGCGAGCUAACCCCCUACAGGUGAAUUUGUGGCCACUAGGGGCGUCUAGAUUUCUAGGCUACCAUCUUGUAGCUGCCAACAGCAUUUCGAUUUGAUCCUGUGCUGAUGUGAGGCUGGUUUCAGGAAACACUCUCCACACUUUAAAGGGACAAUCUGUUUAUUUGGCAAAAGCACUUUUGACCUCCCACCCUCCCAACGUCGAAAAAAAAGAAAAUGAAAACAAAGCACUUAAUUCUGACGUUUUUAGCCCCAAAGAGAAUAAACGGCCCCUCAUUGCAGAUGACGGCAAGCACUCCCCCGAGUUUGGUUCUUUUUAGUGCAUGUCUCGAGUUCCAGGCAGCCGGGGGUGAAAAAAAAAGAUAGCUUUGUUUGACUGUCGUUAGUGUUUCCUUGAACCAUGCCUUGAUUAUCAUGGUGAGGUUGGACUCCGAUUGUUCACAGAUGUACACACACACACACACACACACACACACACACACACACACACACACACACACACACACACACACACACACACACACACCACGCACACAACUGCACAGCAGACGAAAGGUUAGCCACCAACGCUAAUGCCAGUUCACAUGCAUUUUGUCGAGGUCAAACCAGUGUCGCUGUUGUUUUUUCGAGACCAAAAAUAAUAAUAAUAUUGAUAAUAAUAAUGGUGACAAUAACAGUUACAAUAAUUAUCUGAAUGUGUAGCUCUAAAAUCACGAGGACGUGGGAGUUGUGAGACUGGGGGGGUGCUAUAGUACAGGGUGGAGGCUGGAAGGGAUUAUAAUUUGGACUAAUCUUUAAAGACGAGGUCCUCACUCUGUUGGUUUGUUUACUGAAUACAACAUUAAUCCACUAACCCAAAACACUGCCAUGAAGGAAGUUUCCGAUUCCACAAAACAAAUGGCCACCUAAUGAGGUCUUGGGUCAUAAUCUUCGCAUAUUAACACUGCCACAUGUUGUUGCUAUGGGAACACAAUAUAUUUAGCAUAGCAUGUAGCUCGUGAAAAAAUAGUUAUAACUCAAUUGACUGAAAUCUCAAUCCAGUGUCUGUGUCAUCAUCACACGUAUAUACAUGUAUUCUGAAAGCCAUGGCUACAGAUGAAAAGCCUGUUAGCGCAUCGUAGCAACACCAUAGUAGCUCCCCAGUUCCAUCUUGUACCCCAAAGAGCACCAACUCCUUCUAUGUGCCUACAGCAGUGGUUUUCAACCUUGUGGUCGGGACCCCUUAUGGGGUCGCCUGGAAUUCAAGUGUGGCCGCCUGAAAUGUCUAGGUGUGUAAACUGAACACUGAUAAAUGUUACUAAUUAAUUAAUAUUCUGAUUGAAAUACCACAUACAAUCUUAUAUCUUUUCAGAAAUAUUUAUAGGUUUAAUAGCCUAUAAGUAAGUGCAGUUUUUUCACGUAAAAUAUGUGUAUGGGGUCUCCAGAAGUUUGGGAUGUCAAAAUGGGGUCCCGGGCUAUGAAAGGUUGGGAACCACUGGCCUACAGCUUAUUCCUUCCACCUGUACAGAACCAUCAGUAUCUAUAUUACCUGUGUCAUUUUUACAUGUUUAUUUGACGAUUAUGAUUUUGCGCUCAAUAAUAAUAGUAAUCCUGAUUAGCGCUAGAGAUGCACUUUUUUAUCGCUGCCAUCACAAGAGCGUGUAACUGUGAGGAUAGAUUCCUCAUUGGAAGUUUAAAAAUGAUUCUUUUUUUAAAUACCUGUUCAUUUCAUUCUUUCUUUCUUUUCAUCCUUUCUGCUUUCUGUUAUGUGCCUCUGUUUUUCAUCUGUUUUUCCAAAUGAAUUAGUCUUUUCCUCCUCAGAUAUCAAAGUGUUUCCAGGAAGUGCAUGGUGGUUAUUAUAAUGAUUUGAGUUGUUGGGUCCUUCGAGUCGGAGUGGGCUGCUUUGAGACCGGUCCUGUUCACACCGACAUGUUGGGCCACUGAGCAGGCAGACUAAGCUCCUUCAGCUGUGACCUGGUUCUGAAAAGGCUCCUAUGUGAUUGGCCAGCUAAUGAGGAUGCUUCGUCUUGUUUCUCCCCUUCUGAGGCACAUUACACAUUUUAUGAGGCUGCGCACGGUCAGCCGAAGUUGAUUGGCGGCGGGCUUAGAGAGAGUGUUGCAGGUGUUGCCCUGAUUGGCUAUCUCCCGAGUCAUGUGAUCAGGAGCAAGGCAAUGGAGCUAGGCUGUGGUUGCUAGGCAUUAAGUCUGGACGGACGACGUGCUCUUUAACAUUCACGGCUGUCAGGAGAUGCAGCACGUCUGGCAUGGAGGAAUCGAGGAUGAGCAAGAGGACAGAAAACGAGAAGCAGAGAAAGACAGAGAGCGAGAGAGAGAGAGGCAGGCAGAGGUGUAGUGACUGGCUGUGGAAUGUGCAAUGCUUCCCAUAUCAGCGAGCUGUGUGCUAUUUGCAGAUGUUCGGCUCCCUGGCCAGAGCAUUCUUGACAAGCGACCAGUCACACAAAAAGAAGUAUUGUUAUUGUUAGCUCAGUGCCGUCAUCAUGAACCAUCAUCAUCAUCAUUACUGCGUCUCAGCUCAGUGCACAUAUAGUACUCUUAUCAUGUGUCCCCUGUCAGUGUGUGUGAAGGAGCGACAUUGUGUGUGUGUGUGCGUGUGUGUUCAUGUGCAUGUGCGUGCAUGUGUGUGUGUGUGUGUGUGUGUAGGAGAGAGAGGAGAGAGACAGAGUGUGUGUGUGUGUGUGUGUGUGUGUGUGUGUGUGUGUGUGUGUGUGUGUGUGUGUGUGUGUGUGUGUGUGUGUGUGAGUACGUGUAUGCUUUAGGACGGAGUGCAUGCAUGUGGAGGUUCAUAGCCACCGUUGUGGUUAUUAAUGACUGAAAGACCAUGGCUCAACUUGCCGUCAGAACGGCGUAAAUUGAAGUGUCGAAGGUACCAAUGUGUAAAAAGAUACAGAAUCAGACCUUCCGCUCUGUCUCUGUUACCUCCCUUUCUGUCUAUCUAUCUUUCAAUCCCUGUGUCUGUCGAUCUGUCUUUCUCACCAACAUUUACUGUAAAAACGAGCUCUUGUGACAAUAUUUGCAACAUAACCGAGAGCAACAGUUAAGUCUCCUUUUAUAAACCUCAUGCUAUACGAACAAAUAGUGGAAUAUUACAAUUAAGGGCAUAAUUUAAGAGUUUUGCUGUUGCCAACUUUAUUUUUUUUUCUUUUUACUAUUUUGUUUGGUAAACUGUGUCUUUAUGUAUGUAUUUACAUUAUUUUAAUGUCCUUUUUUGUACCUUUAUCUCUUUGUCUUUGCUCUUUGAGAGAAGAAGAGAAAAAAAAAAUGUUUUGAAAAAGUGAGAGACGUCUGUUGCUUUGGAUCAUGCGAGAGAGCAGCUGUGGGAACAGAACCAGACUAUGCAUGUCUUUGAUCUGCUUCUUCUUGUGUUAUUUCCGAUGUGGACGUUCACUUUGAUGGACAAAACAUACAGUAUUAAUGAAAAUAAAAAAACAAAAUAAAAUGGCGUCAUAAAGAAGAACA